AUGUUGGCUCUUGCUGUAAGUUUCACCAUCUUUCUGGAGUUUGCUCAAACCUUUGCAACAGUCACUAGCCAUUUACAUCUCGACGGCAGCAGCGGGUUAAGAAGGAACAUUCAUGUAAAGAAAAAUCAAGUUUCGUACGGACAUUUUGCAGUUGAUAGAUUCCAUCGUCUUCAAGGGUCAGUUGGUUUAUCGAUUGAUGUGAGCAACUACAGGGAGUGUGCUCUGAGCUGUGUUAAUAAUCCACCAUGCACCUCGUUUAAUGUCGCUUCUUCUCCUCGUCCGGAAGGAAAAUUUCGCUGUGAGUUGUUAAACGAAGAUAAAUACUCUGCCAGUCCGGGCCAGCUGACCAGAUCACAAGAAUAUCAUUAUUAUAGCAUCAAGGUAUUUAGAACGCUCCCUAAGAAACAGUGUUAAGCGAUCUACUAAAUGGAAGCCGUUAAAAUAUGGCUUCAUUAUUUCAAUAUGAGUGAAGGAAAUUUUUGCCCUACAACAUGACGAUGAAUAAUGUUUAGCGCCCAAACAUAAUGAAAGAAGUGUUUUACCUUUUUCCUGUGUAUAAAUGGGUUUUAACGUCGUCAGGGACACACCCUUUUUGUUAGAGGAUUAAACUCGUUUAACUUCACCAUAUAUGAGAAGUGAAUGUCAUUCCUCGUGAUCAUUUACAUUUCACUUUGGUUUAGAACAGAAAUACCAACCAAACGGGGUGUGACAUUUAAGUUUCAUUUUGUUGCCGUUAGAAAUCGUUUUAAUUUCUGAGUCUUGGUUUCCUCGGUAAUUACAAUUUCCUCAGGCGUGUUAUCACAUCAUCAUCCACAUGUUCAACUUGGUCGGUGUAGGAGCCAUGAAUUGAAAACAUUUCUCAAACCCUCGAUAAUGGAGAGGUUCUUACGCUUUGCGUACGUGCCUUAGACAAAUUAAGCUAGGUUCAUUAAACAUUAAGCAGUGCAACAACCUGCAAACGUUCAAUUAAACAAUGUUGAGUCAUGCAUUAAUAAUCAAAAAAAACCUUUUCUAAACAUGAAGCUCGAAACACGCUAGGUGGCAAAGCAUUGCGGAGAUACACGACCGGAUUUACCUACACUUCAUUUGUGGGAAAAAGAAAGAUUUAUAGAAAGAAAAAACAAAACAAAACAAAACAAAAUACUCAUUUCUCAGAUAUCUUGUCUCAAAGUAUUGUUUUGCAACUCAUCUCAUAUCUUGUAUUUUCUUUUGUGUAUGAUUAACAAAUGAAGAAAAUCAAACUCUAUUAACAGACACCAUGUUCAAGCUUUCCGUGUCAAAACGAAGGAACUUGCGCUCCAAAUUAUGAGGAAAAUCAAUAUCAUUGUGGCUGUACACCCGGUUACCAAGGAAAAAACUGCGAAACAGGUGAGUCAGUCACAAGUUUUGCCUUUUACAUAAAAUGGAGCAAUCACGUUAAACUUUGUGGGUUUUUUCGUGUUGUUGGCACGCACAGACAAGCCAGCGGUCAUAUUCUCGCAAUUUUUUCUUCAUCUUUAAUUUCUCCACGCAGACGUUAACGAAUGUUCUAGCGAUCCCUGUUUAAACGGGGGGACGUGCGUUGAUCAAGUAAAUGGAUAUGUCUGUAAAUGUCACCCAGGAUACGAAGGGGCUCGCUGUCAAACGAGUGAGUACUUACAUAGUGCCCUCUCUACUUGUAUUAAAAUUGACAUUUGUAUAAUUGAUAUUUGACAUGGCUGCUCCGCGGUCACCAUCUAUUUUUAUCAAAUCUGUCUCCUUACAGACAUCAACGAAUGUUCCAGUAAUCCUUGCCAAAAUGGGGGGACGUGUGUUGAUCAGGUGAAUGGAUAUGUUUGCAAUUGUCAGCCUGGAUACUAUGGAGUUCGCUGCAGUCAUACGAGUGAGUUUUCUCAACCACUUAGUUUUAUUGAAAACAACAACAAAAACUGCGCAUUUUUCAGCGGACGAAUUAAUAAAUUCUGAUCCAAAUGGCGAACUUAUGUUUUCUAGCUAUAAUUUAUUGUUUCACGGAAGAGAAUGGUUUUCCCAACAUUGAAGCAUCACUUAUCGGAAAGAUUUUUCUAAAUUCCAUGGCAUUAAUGAAAACAGCUGCAUUUGUUAUGAAUAGAUUAAAUCUGAACGAAGAAAAGGGUGGAUUUUGUUGCUUAGGUCAGAAAUAAAUGUGAUUCGUAUUCUGUGUAAUACGAAGCUUGGACUGUGUUUUUCGAUCCAAUUAAGGGAAGCAAGCAAGUCUGCCUCUCGCAAGAAACAAACUCAACACAUGCAAUAGGGUCUCUUAUGGGUCACAUGUUGUUGUUGUAAAUGUGGCAAACAAAACUUAGUAUAUAAAUCCAUUUGCGUUCUCUCACAAAUGCUUCAACCUGAAUGGCUACGCUACUCCCUAUCUAUUCUGUUAUGCGUGUGAAAUGUAUGUAACACGUGGCGUAACGUUUUUGUAUCAUCAUUGAGAUUUAUAACAAGACGAUUGGACUAUUCGUUCUCCAUUCGGUUCUAUGCGUAAUAUUUGAAGAGGGAUUCGCCCUCAUCACCGAUCACGCGAUAGUAAUCUGGAGCUCAUAAUUUAGUUGGCAAUGAUAGCAGAACCAGCGAGCAGAUGUGUUGAGUUACUGCACCUUGCUUUUCAUAAUCAUUUGCUUUAUUUUUUCAUAUUUUUGUUUUCAUAGACCAAUGGACGGAGUAUACGCCUUACAUUUGUGGGAGUCGAAAUGAGAUUCAACGAGGAUUGACAGAACAGGAAUGCAAACAACUAUGUUCUGCUUGUGUUGCCAUUGAAUACUGGUCUGGAGGAAACAUGGCUUGUUACGAAUGUUUCGAUAAAACACAACGGUACCAUUAUCCCAACACAAAUGAUGGUUCAUAUCCACCUCACGUAUUUGUCAAAAACUGAAUAAUAAAGGAAGGGAUCAAGUUUUACAGACAAUAGAAAUGGCGGUCGUAUGCCGGGUGGCAUGCAGAUUUUGAGGGAUCAACUACGAAGCAGCAUCUUGUGAGUCUCUGUCGAAACAGAAUUUUCAGAAGUAAGGAAGAACAGCAUCUGCGACUACCUCUAAUUCUUUCUUUUCAGUAGACUCUGAUUAAUAUAAAAAAUUUAAUUAAAUUCCCACCAAAUUGGAGAAAGAUAGGAGAGUAGUGAAACACACUCAACAGCGUAGAAAUCGCCCCCGAGCCCUCCCUAAGAUAUCACUUUUUCAAUAGAAAUGAGCUUCCACGCAGAAUAAAAUACAAAUUUAAACAAAACUUGAACGACACAAACUAAAAACUUGAUAUUCUGAAGGGCGUACCCGUCGACAGAUCUUUUCGGGGAUUUUUUUAGUCUUCACCACAACCAAGGAUCAGGAAAAGUUUCAAGAUGUUCGUGAGGUUUUACGACAUUCUCUUUUCUAUCUUCAAGGAUUUUGAGUAAAAUUUAAUUGAACGUUUAAGCGAAUAAUUUCUUAUGCGAUUAAAACUCAUUUAUACGUAUCUAAUAAUGGUAAAUUUGCAGCGUACGUUGAGAAUCUCAUCAUUGCAUGACAAAGGCGUAAUUUAUCGAUCAUAAUUUGGUCGGGCAAACUGUCGCAGAGUUUAAAUCUUCUAGCUAUCAUAACAGUUCCUUUAAUUCUGCUUUUACUCGUGAAACUUUUACUUAAAACAGGCAAUUUUUCAUUCGAUUAUAGCCCUGGCCGAGGUUAAUACAUUUUGUUCAUGAUAGGACAGUUUACUCUCGGAAUACCCUUUUCCAUCCAGGAGUAUCAAUUGAUUACCAGCGAGAUGUCAGGGAUUUCUUAUAUUGUGCUAGGGAAGAGAAGGAGUGCAUUGUUCACGACCUGCAAACGAUCUGCAACAAAACUGCAUGAACCCGAGCGUCAAGUGCAACUUGAAAAAUCUAGUCGUGCUUAUUGACACCAAAUUGCCAGAGAAAUCACGUUAUUACCUAUACCAACCUUUUAUGAACAUCAUAGGGAGUCAAGAGAGACAAAAUUUUGAAAGCAUGCAUGAGCUACUUAUAAUUUGCACUUGUGUUACAACUUUGCAAUCGUGUUACAUGGAAAUGCCCUCGUUUUCAGCCAUUCAGAAGCGCGUAAUUAUAAAUGUUAUUAAGUAUUAAAUUUAUCACUGAUAUUCAUUAUUAUCCAUUUAUUGUCUGAUCAAGAGUUUAAAUUAAUAUUUACUUCUCUUAAGCAAAAGGUAUACAUUAUUGUGAUAUUAACAUAAUUUACUCAGUUGUAUCUAUGACAUAUCAACCAAGGAUUUACACCUUAAGGUAAUAAUCAUAAGUACAGGUAAACACACGUCUGUCAUUAUACUCCCACAAUUUCUAGCCAAUCUAACAAUAAAGCACCUGUAUAACACUAAUAAUAAGUUUAUUUUAUACUCGCAAAGAAUAAUUUUUGUCUGUUCAUUGGCUGAUUCAAAGGUGACUAGUCAUUCACCCAGGAGGUGAUAAGAAACAAAGUAGCUUCGCAUUUUUCUAUCCUUACCUCAGAGGAAAUCCACCACUUUUCACCACCACUUUGGUGAAAAACUGUGAAACAUCAUUAGCACUGUAGUAUUAUUGAAGAGUUUUUACUGACAAUUUAAGAAAACCUGUUAGCAGACAGACGGCCAAAAGCAUGCUGCACACAAAUAGAUCUGAGAAAAUUGGCCGAGAGUGGACUUCUAGGUGGUUUUGUUUUUGGGUGGGAGGGGUGGGUGGGGAUCUUACUGUCUGGAUCUUACAGCUUAUUCAUUUACUGUGAACAAAUCAAUUGUGUACUGACCAAUCAUGAUUAAGAUCUGGAUACUGACUAAACCCAAAGGCUACAAACUAAUUAAGGUUGCCGUCAUGAUUCAGUUCUCCCAUGCUUGAUUGUAUAUUUUCUCUACCCUUUACACCCUAACAUCAGUAUGUAUAUUCUCCAUACUGUUCUCCAUACUCCCUAAGGUGCUAAAAAGGAGACUUUGUUUAUCAUUCCAGAACUUCUUUAGUUGGUGAUCAUUUCCUUUAUUCUUGUCACUUUAGUGUUGAUUCAGGCAUGAUAUUGUAAGGAGAAAAUAGAAGCUAGUCACUCUUAGUGUCAAAGGGUUAAAAAAUUGAAGUACCAUAAAUAUCUGUGGUGUUCACCAUUAUCUGAGUUUCAUAGUAAGUAAUUCAUUGCUACAAUAAUCCAGCCAUAAAAUUAGUAAAAACACAGUUCAGUAUUAAUUCUAUCUAAUAUUAUUGGGUUCACUUUCAAGUAAUUCAUUUCACUGUAGCUGUCACAUAAUUUUUGUACAAGAAGUGAAAUUGGUAACAUUUCCACACAGCUCCAUGCUGUUGCAAAACAAGGCUGUAGCCCCAAGGACACUCUAUAAUCCUGCCAUUGUUUUCUUUAUCCAAGAACUGUAAGCAUAGUGGAGUAUGGGGCUGUGUAUAAAUCGUGUCACAAAUUUCUCAUGAUAAAAUACACCCAACUACACACAAGCUUUCCUCUUCAAUCCUUUCCAACCACCAAAUAUCUAUCAUUACCUUUCCCAUGUGACUUGUGUUUCAACCCAUAUUGUUGUGAAAUUUUAUGUAUAACAGCUCGGUCUUCUUUCGCGAGUUCGCUAGAAAAUUUAAUUUCUCUGUCUGUUCCAAUAAUAAAUGACAUAAGUACAUCUCUAAUCGUCUGUUUUUUCACUUGCGAUCCAUGUGUUGGAUUGCACCCCAGACCAAACUUACCAUCAGUACCGAGAGCAAUGACUGGCUCCGCUCGACCUUGGCCCUCCUUACCAAUCCCCCCACUCCCGGUCCAUCCCAUUUUCCGAAGCAUUUUAUUGCCGAUGUUAUCUUCGGAAAUGCUCGCUGCCUUUUCAUAAGCUUUCGAGACUAGUUUGGUUUUCGACACACAUGGGGCAGAUUCAUGUUGCCGAGAUAGUGAUCCCAAACGAAUAACAGGUUGGCGAGGUCGGAGCAUCGACAAAGCAUUCUCGGCUGCUGUGCGUUUCGCCUGUUUUUUCCCUACCCCUUCCCCAACAGCAACCAACUGGUUCGCUAUCGUCACAGAACAAGAAAAUAGACCUGUUUUGCUGUUCACACCAAGUUCGUCAAAUGAUAUAGUUUUCUUCGAUUUUUGGGCGCUCUCGUUCAAAACACUCACAGGAUUGCUUUCAUUGCCUUCCUCUCCUUCCUCACGCUCGUAGAUUGUGAAGUUUUCUAUCAGUGGUUUUACCUUUCUCAAUGCUUUGUGUGGCACAGAAAUACCCCCCUUCGAUUCAAGUUCACCCACUAUUUCCUCAGUUUUCGCUGGAUAUCUGCAGCUAAGGAACCUCAUGUUCGCCCAAACCAUAGAUAAAGCUUCUCGCUUAUCCUCUGGAAAAUUAUCUUCCAAUUUUUCAAUAAAUUGUGAUCUUAAAUUCCAUUGUAAGUCACUUUCCCAAAUACAUCUUUUUGCCGCCAUUUUGAAAUCUUACAGACGCGGUUACCUGGCUCUUUUUGAGAUAUCUGCUGACCACCUUUGUUGGGUUUUCCAAGAUGGCCGCUGAUGCAUGACGAGUAAACAUGAAGGGUGUCUGUUUUUUGAAGCUAGAUUCUCGUAAAUUUCUCGUUUUUAGCAGAUGUAUACCCAAUUCAUCAUUCCGCAGGAGCUUGAAAUACCUCUCCUCGCUUCCUCAUUUUGUAUGUUCGGAGGAUCUUGGUUUUUAUCGAGCGAGAUUAUACAAACCAACAAGACCACGUAAUUAUUUUAGCCUGAAGACUACUGGACAAUCCAAGAAACAAGAAGGAGUACAGGCUACCGAGUUAUUAGAUUCCACCACUCAUCAGCAUCACACUACCACCAUAUUACAAAGAUUACAAGAUCUAGAAGAGUCGUUUCGUGUUCGGGGACAUUCUAUCUUGAGAUGGGGCUUAAGUGCACUUGUCAUUUCGGGAUUUUUUAUUUACAUUUUCCGUGAACCACUUAGGGAAAAUGUGGCAGACGAAGUAGCAGAUGUUGCUAGCAGAUCUCUAGGUAAGGCAAAUUUGAAGAAAACUGACUUUGCAAGACUUACAGGAGGGGUCCAAAAUUACCCUCUCCUCCCCUCCCAUAUUGUGAUGACUUGUCAUGAAAUGCCACGGACUUUUAGUCGCCUUUUAACCGACUAGACCAUUUGCUUUCAUUAAAACCUGUUAGCCGACAAACGGCCGGCAGUGGGCUGACGAAUGGAACGAGAGUGGGCCUUUAGGUUUUUUCGUGUUUUGGUUUGUUUUGUUUUAAUUGUUUGUUUGUUUGUUUGUUUGUUUGUCUUUUUGGGGGGAGGGGGUGGUAGGGUAUAUUAGGGUAGGGUGGAUUAAUUUGGGAUUGUAUUUCUCCCUUACUCUGGAUCUUACGGCUCAUUCAUGUACUGUCUGAUGAUACGUUUCCUUAUUUAGCUGACGAGAAUGUUAUACAUAAGGCUAACGAAGUCACGAGAGCCGUCCUCCGAGAUAUUCUUCACGAUCCGGAAAUCACUAAACUGGCUGGUGCUUUCGUGAUGCAUGUCCUCCACAGAGAAGACGUAAAGUCUGCCGCUAUUCAGUUAACCCAACACGUCCUCAACGAUCCUUCGACCCUGCAGAAGAUCAAUGAACUUGCCAAGAGUACGCUUUUGAAUCUGAUGGUGCACGAAGAAACCAGAGCUUUAAUGUUGAGCUAUAUUAAGGCGCUGAUUCUGGAUAAAAGCACUAAAGAUGCGUGUAAAGUCCUGUUGGCGGAGCUCGUGAAGGAUCCGGAUGUGAAAGGAUUUAUGGCAGCGUCACUUGGUGAUCUGGUGACGUCGUCUGUUGUUAAAAGCAGUGCUGCGGAACUUGGCAAAAGCGUCACGCAUGAAGUUGUCAAUGACGCAAGAAUUCAGCAAGAGACUGGGAACUUUCUGUGGAGAGCCUUUAAGAACACUUUCACCUCCGGAUGGUUUGGCUAAGAGAUAGAGGAUGAUAUGGCAAAAAGUGAUGAAAGAAAAAGUGUUUCAUCGAAAAUUAUUUCUAAAUUUCGUGUACUUAACAGUUUGACUGGCAAACCUUAUUUAGGCCAUUAAACGACAAGGCAGUCUGCUUUUUCCCAGGAAAUAAUUACAAAAAGAUUUCAAAAGAGAAGUGCUUUUAUUGAAAAGUUAUUCGAUUUACUUGUACUUUACAGUUUGACUGGCGGUUUAAACUUUAUUUUAGGAAAUUUAGGCCACAAACAGUCUUUUUCUUAGGUUCAUUGGGUGAGAAACAUUUUUAAAAAAAAUAUAUGAAAAUGCAUGUGGUCACCGAAUUAUUUAAGAAAAAAAAACGUGUCCAUUCGCAUUUCUUAUCUCAUCGCCAUCGCCAUGUUGUUGCAGGUAUAUCGUCACGAUAUAUCUUGUAUUUUUACGCAGAAAAAAUGCCGGAGAAAGAAAACUUUAUUUUAAAUACAUUAUCAUAUGUAAGUGACUUGAAAAUUACAUCGACAGAUGGGUGUCCAGAAAAAGAAGGCAAAGGAAUAUUAGAAAUAUUAAGUUUAUCCGAGGAAACCUAUAUGCUUUACUGUUGAAGGAUCACCUAAAUAAAAUAAACGUAUUUUCAGUUAAUACAUUUAAGAUUAUGGGAAAUACUUUUUUAGACGCAAGGCUGCGAGUAUAACAAUUUUUUUGUCUAAAGGUGCACGGUAGAUUUUGCCAACAAACCUCUGGCACAAGGGUAUUUGAGUCAAAGAUCAUCUAUUACACCUCACAUAUUUGCUGUGUGACUAUUUUUUUCACAGAAUACGCGAAAAAACGUUUGCCACGUUUUGAGGACCUGGGUGGUAUCUCCUGUAAACGGAGAAAUCUCAAAUAGAUGCUUCACAGCUCGAGGAGAGAUCCUGGGUAAUUCCGCUUCCUCUCAGUCCCACUUAUCUUUUUGUUAACCUAGAAAAUCUGUUGACUUGUCAAGGAAAGGAAGAAAAAAAUUUAUUUACCCGUUUGCUGUAAAUUGCAAUAUUGUAUGAAUAUGGGAAAUGUUAAGAAAUGAACAGGCGAAGUAAGGCUCACUCCCAGUCUUUUCCGCAGUCAUUUAAAUCGCAUUAGUGGCUACUUACCACAUGCCGCGUGACCGUGGGCUCAAACAAAGUAAAAUUACUAUGCCAACUUGAAAGCAGGAUUUUCUUUAUUAUCAAUUAAUAACCCCGGUUAACUGAGCCCUCGUAACUGUCUCGAAUUUGGGCAGAUCCAAUUAGCUGAUGUUAGGGAGCAGUCAUUAGUUACAGGUACCUGUGCGGAGGCCAUUCAAGACCUAACCAAGGCGAAUAAAUAUUUAAGUAGUAGCGGUUAAAGCUAUCACAUAAUGACGGUAUACAUGACAAUCAAUUUGCCUUCUGAAAUAUCACCGACAUCGUUUUGUUGCAGGUAGUUUGUUCGCAGUGUUAACUCCUGACUACGAGUUGAGGUUGCAAAUGCAAGCGUUUAAGUUUGAGUUCACUUUGAUGCACUAACGUCACUGUAUUGCUGCAUACAGUCUACAGCUUGAAACUCUUAUCAAGUUCAUCGUGUUCUGGAGGAGUGUCCAAACCAGAUAGGAAAUUGACGCAAGUUAAUGAAGAUAGAGUGUUUACUAAGAUCGCAUCUGAAAAGCAAGUACUCAUGUUCAGUGUAAUGGAAGGUAAAUAACUUUUUAUGAGGAGGAAAUUCUCACUGAUUUUGCCGUACGCUUCAGAGAUACAAGCAAUUUUGAUCGACAUAGCUGUGGGCUGCAAGUUACACAAACAAACGCAGUCUUUCCCAGCAGGUAUAGUUUGUUAUCAUUUUCACCUAACACACCGAAGCUAUGGAAAAAACUGAGAACGAUUCAAACAUUAUCACGAAUCGCACAAGUUCCGACAUUCUUACGUGCUCUAUUUGCUUGGAAAGUGUUCGCAAGCAACGAGCGAGCACCCACCAAAAAUGCGCCGCUGCCUUCUGCGAGUCGUGCCUUGGCGCCUACAUACGAUUAGAAAUAACCCAGGGGAAAUGGAAAGUUGAAUGCGCGAACUGCAGCUCGUUGCUUGCUAAAGAAAUAAUCCAUAAGUUCUUGGAGGAGUACCCUUUACUUCAAGAGCAUUUCACUCGUCUGGUAGCAGAUGCGAAUCAAGAUCCUCUGGUCAAAACAUGUCCAAAUUGCGGCGGAAGAAAACGCGUUAAGAAUCACAAAACAAAACGAGUAGCGUGUGAAGAGUGUCAUUUCGACUGGUGCUUUACAUGCCAUGCUCCAUGGCAUAAAUCAAUGAGCUGCAAGGACUUUAAACGAGGAAACAAGAUGUUUAAAAAAUGGACGAAAGACACCACCGAAUGUGGCACGGGUAUAAACGCACGUCCUUGUCCGAAAUGCAAAGUUUUCAUCCAAAGACAAGACGGUUGCGAUCAAAUGACUUGUCCCCGGUGUCGUACAACCUUUUGCUAUCUUUGCGGCAAGAAGAUCGUGCAUAGUAAAUUGUUUGGCAGCCACUGGAGUAUCUACAGUGUGUUAGGAUGUAGGUAUAUUUAUAAACCGCAUCACCCUGUGCAAAGAAAGGUCAUUAGAGGUUUUUUACUAGCUGUGGUACUAGCUUCGCUGCCAGUUUUUGCCACCAUCUUUGUGGCUUUAUCCCCUGUGUAUGGAGUUUAUAGGUUACAUAAAUGCACUCGUAAGCAGUAGACGUUUACGAUUAAGGUUUGAAUGAAGCUAACCGUUCAUUUUUAAAAUUAUCUCAUAAUUGCAAAAGUAACUUUAAUACAGACGACAAAAGUUACACUUUAACAACUUCAUGUCUGUUCGAACAGCUAAAUCGUAUUUAACCAAUUGCAGUUUUCCUCUGGCCAUCCCAGUAAACUUUAAAAAGAUAUACUGUAUUAAUAAAAUUUUCAACUUUUAUCAUUCAUUCGAUGUCUAAUUGUCACAAUGUUAUUGCGAUGUUCUCACGUUUUACAUUGUUAAUAUUCUUUUUAACUGCCGAGGUCUCCUCUACAUCACUGGCUCUCGAAAAUGAAGUAUUUUUCCAAACAGGCCUUUAGAGAACAAACCAAGACUAACGAGGAGAAUCUGCCUGCCUCGGUAAAACUUGCGUUGGAUACUCAAAGAGAGUAUAUUUCUCAUUCCUGAUGAUGCCUGACAAGUUCCAUAAUAUUAUGAGCUGCUAAUACGCGAGUCUUUACUGCCCUUUCCUACGCUGUCUUUCGUUGGCGCACAUGAAAUGCUGCAUUGAUGGUACCUUAUCUACACAGCCCGUAAUUAGGUGAACAUAUCUGCGGGUUACGUCACUAAUUCUACGUCCUUAGAAUCCCGUGGAGAAUUCUGCUUCGUACUGUGUAAGGCUGCGUUGUCAAGGUUAUGCUGUAACGUAAAAAAUACCAAAACAGUUUUAGGUUACAAAAUAAUACAGUCGUCACUUCUUUCCGAUUCCGCUUUGAACUCUAGCGCAUUUGAUCACGUGAAAACGAGCUUGUCAGAGUCGUAAAAGGCAGCCAAAGAAUAAAAUAAUCACAAUGCACUUCAAGUGCUUGUGAUUCUAAUAAUCGAGUUUUUACCAGAUUAUAAGCGACGGAGUCAUAGGAGGCAUCAGUAUUCUGCUUCUUAUUCCCGUUCCAUUUGCCAAUUUUUCGCGAUCAUACCUCUCUGCGCCCUGUGAGAUAACGACUUCAACAUAACUGAAAACCAGCCUUAAAUAACUUACCUGAAGUACAUGCAACCCCGACAGCGAAGCCACGGCGAGUUCCUUCAGUCCGUCAUUAGUUAGAUCCAGAUAUUCAAUGGCAAACAGAGGGCUCGCAAAACUUCUCCUCCACAUCAGCUGAAAAUCAAUGCUUUUUGAACCGUUCCCUGUAUUGUCUAGAGGGACACACUUAAAGAUGAGGAGUUCCUGUUUAAUAGAGAAAAGGAAAUGUUGUUUCACCAGUAUUCCAACGUUUCAUGAACAUUAAAGGCCACUGGGACCUAGUUCCUCAGUUUUACAGCACUAACUGUCGAUCGCAAAGUUUACAUUUCCAAGACGUUUUCUGCAGAACAACAACGUGAAAUUAUUAAAUUUUUCCUUCCUCUACGUACGAGGAAUGCAAGGGCAAAUUAAUCACUUCUCUCAGUGCUUGUAAUUUAACGCUGCCUCCACAAGAUAAAAUCUUCGAGCCUUCGAAAUUCUCACCAGCGGUCUACCACAACCUGUAAGACCAAUUACCACCGUAUUUUGAGUCUGCGAGCAAGCUCUUGAGUUUUAAUCGCUCUGACGAAGGGCUAAUACUCGAAAACUCAACUUUUAAACUCUAUAAGGUGGCCAGUUUACGUUUUCAACCCAGUUGAUAACACUAAAUUACCAUACUUUACACCAAUUGCCAACCGUUAUUAAAACACCUGACAAAUGUUAAUUCACUUUUCAUUUUUAGUGGACGUUUACGCGGGCGUUGCCGCUAUUAUAAGUCAAACUCCCAGAUAACCUUCUUGUCAUCGUGUAGCGUUCACCUGUCCAUAUGUCCCCAAGAUUAUUUCGUUCUUUCCGUCCCAGUUGACGUCAGCGAUACAUGUACACGUCACACAAUCGAAUUCGUCCGAUUCUGGUAGAAUCACCAUGUUAGUGAAACCUUGACUAAUUAUAUUGCUGUGAACCAAAAAGAAACACUUAGUCAACACACAUUUCCUCUCGGCUAUAAAAUUUAAAUCUAGAAUGAGAGCUUAAGUUCAGAGCUUAUUGCUGAAGUGUACUGUGGAAGUUCCUUUGCAAGAAAUUGUCAAAAAAGUUCGAUUCUUGCGGUCUGGCGUUGGCUUAAAAGUAGUCCCGAGUUUCUUUAAGAACCAAACAAGCUCCUAGAAUAACUUGUCAAAACAAUCAUAAAGUUCUCUCGCGCAAAUCACCACUGACAGUUCUCCAUCGCAUAGCCGUUGUGGUUUACUUACGUGUAAACGACAGUUGCUUCAAUUGCACAGCAAACCAAAAGGUGGUAAUCCCUUCUUUCAAAUGUUUGUCCGUUUUCAAUAUUUUUAGCAUCUGCAAGGAGAAAUGGAAACAAUUCUUGUGUCAGCUUAUUCUGAAGACGUCUCAAAAAGAGAUCAACGGAGUUUUGUAUAGCACAGUUAAAACUUUACCGGUACCGGUAGCUUCGAUGAUUUUGCUCGAGUCUUGCGUAAACAAUUUCACACUUGAAAUAGGUCCAUCACGAUCCAAAGUGUCUAUCUUUUCAAUACCUGUAAAACAAUACCAAAACAGUAAAAAAAUCUGUAUCAAUACUGAAAAACACCAUAAAAGUUCCUCUUCCCACCAAAAUGCAAAACGAUCUCAGAAAGGAAGAUGAAAAUAACAAUCAAUUAGGCGAAUAAACUACGACGACUUUUUCUGCCUUCGACAUCGCCUCGACGAAGUUGAAAACGACCUUUUCACUCUGUCAAAUAUAAUUUUAAUCGAGAAACACAAAUUAACUCCAAACGAAGUUUCCAUGGCAACAUACUUCCCCUAGUAAGGUCAGUCACUGCCACCUUAACGUGCCCGUUUUGACAGCCAACCACUGUUACACGCUUAGAAUUGUGUAGAGUUUCCACUUCCAACCAAAGAACACUGCACAAAGAGCAAAGAAUGAACAAUAAUUUAACACAAUCUAGACUGAUACCUUUUGAUUUAAAUACACAAAGGAAUUCUAAAAGACUCCUAAGAUUUAAAGCAGUGCACAUAAACAUCAAAUCUUUAACACUGAGCGUGUGAUGAAAGAAACCACUUACUUGCUUGGUAAAUUUUGCAGUUCAGGAAAAAAGCUUUGCACUGGCUGCUCCUCAAACCUCUGUUGGGUCUUAUCCUGCAAAUUUAGUAAAGAAACUGUUUAAUCCUUUACACCUCAAAACCAAUAUGCAUAUUCUCCAUACAGCUCUUUACACAUUUCCCAAGGUGCUGGAAAGGAGAAUUUGUUUACCAAUCAUAAGCUUCUUUCAUUGAUGAUCAUUUCCUUAAUUCUCAUGACCUUAACAUGUGAUUCAGGGGUGAUAUUGUGGGGAGAAAUUUGAUGCUAGUCACUCUUAGGCUUAAAGGGUUAACAGUGGGAAGUUUAUAAACACAGUUGUACCAACCAUAAAGUAGGUAGUCUGGGCCUUAACAAUACAAAGCAAAAGUGAUCCUAAUUACAAUGUCAAAGCAAACUCCACAUGUAGUAACUGUCGGUAACAACAAUUCACAAAUGAAGCACUGGUGGGUUAAAGAAAGGAGCCAGGAUGCUCAAAUUUAGCAAUUUUCUCUUUCUGCCAAUGUACAUCUCUUUAUAAUUUAUUUCAAACAACUUAGUGGAAAGUGCUUGGAUUGGAUAUCGUAAAACCAAAUCAACAAGAACUCAAAGAAAAGCCAAGCAAACUGCUGUGCACACAGGAAAAAGCUCAACAAUACACAAUUGCUUUUAUUGUUGUAUCUGAUUGGUUGAAAGGGUGGUGUACGUUUUCUCAACCGAUCACCAAGCAGAAAAGAGCAAAUCCAAAGCAAUCCCACAUUAUUGUUGACACUUGAUUACAAAUUACAUGAUCCAGAUAGCACUAUUCAUGUAAUAAAAGUCAUCAAUUCUCGUCACUUUUUUUCCUUCAUAUCAUAUCAUGUUGGAAGGAGAAGUUACAUUUUUUAAUCAGUUUUGGGAGUCAGAGGGUAAUAGUAAAAUCUGCUAACCUCACAAAACAUGUGCACCUUUUCAUCACUUCCACAAAGUAAAAACACAAUUUGCUUUCUUUCCUUUAUAACAACCCUGCCAAAGGCAAGUACAAGAAUUGAUUUAGUAAUUAUCAACUGGGAGUGUGUGAGGUUAUACCAAAAAAAUUUUAAAUGACAUUCUAAGGUCUAGCAAUGCAUAACAUAGCUCCAGUGAUCUGUAAAUCAAGUUCUCAUUUUUAGAUUCUUCAUUGUAAAGGUCUCCAUCAGUUCUAGUACAUAAUGCACUGACCAAUGUCUUUGAUGAGUCUCCAUGUAUUUGAAAAAAAUCUAAAAUUAUUGACUUGAAUACAAAAGAGACUUCUUACUCAGCAUGCGUCAGCUGGAAAGGGACAAAGUUCAAUUCAAGGUGUUGACAACCCUCUGUAAAAAAUGAUUAGUAAUAUUGUAAGUAAAUUGUAAAUAGCUUUUAGAUGAAAAAAACAAAGAUUCACUGCAUAGUAGAUAAAUCAAUAUGCAUUUAAACACAUUGACUGAGAAGUUAGAGUAGCAGUAUUGCAAACACUGUAUUAUCAACAUACUAUACCUGCAAUACUACCCAGAGAGAACUCUGAUCUACUUUCCAAAGCUGAAUAGAUGUUGAGAAACUGUUUUUGGUGACUUCUAGAAUUCUACAACAGAGUUCAGUAUUGUUUAAAAUCAGCCACAGAAUACUCCCAGAAGGGUGAUGGAUAAAAUUAAAAGAGUGUCUUUGUGUAAAAGACAUCUAAAUAAUGUAGACAUCUCAAAUUAGUUGAAAUUUAUUUCAGUACAAAUUGAAUCAGAUUUCUCUGAGAAAGAGGGAGAAAAAUCCUCUAAAACACUCUCCACUCCCAACAUGUGGCUUUCUAGCUUAGUUGGUACUACUGUGGCAGCCAACUAGUAUGUAGGAGGCCUGUGUUAGAAUUCCAUCAAAGCCUGAAUUUUUUCCAGGGUUCUUUCAUUCUAUUGCUUAAAUUGCUGCUCAGCUGCAGGGAUCAUGGCUUUAUUUGAGAGGCACCACAAGUUACUUCCUGUUUGAAUUUGUGGACUUACUAUUAAGUAAUAUGCAGUACUUGUGCUCCAUAGAAUUUUAUAAUGAAUAAUGUUAGGUAACACCUAGGUCAUAGCUACACACUCUCAUAGAUUAUGAUGCAACUUAUGGUCAAAAUCUCAAAAUAUGACUUUUCUUAUAAAGAACUAUUCAUCAGAGUUUAGCCAAAGUGUUCUGCCAUGAUAGAAAUAAAAAAACUGCACUCCCUCAAAUACGUACCUUUAAUAAAAUUAAUGAUAUCCCUACUACAAGUCCUUUUCUUGUCUCAGGUCUGUUAAAUGCAUCAAUGGAAACAAUUUCUGCUGAAUCUGAAGGGGAAAAAUGAUCAACUAAACAAAAAAACAAAACAAAUAAAUAAAUGAAUAAAAGAGGGAUUGCGAGAGGUGGUGAUCGAUGUAAUCGGUAAGCAAUAUACAAUUCCUGUGGAGAGGUGAGCGUGAUUUUUAUUCUUUUUCGGGUACCCUAAAGACGGCCUGGUUAUGAUUUGGUAUGAUCUUAGUGCACGUUUCCAUCAUCAAGCACAGAUUUUCACAGACCUGGGAUGUAGGUGAAGGGAACCUCUUUCGAAGUCGGCACAGGUGAAUUCCGUGGAUAUUCCAAGCAAACCACCCUGCCACUAAGGGACGCCAGAAAUAGCUUUCUUUCUUCGUCGUUUCCGUCGAUUUUUGUCAGACCAUAGAUAUUCGUUUGCGAGGGGAUUGGCAAGAAGUGAAUUUCUUCGAAAUCAAAUUCCUCCUUGUCCGCCAUAUUUAUUUCUAGUUUAGACCCAGGCCUCUCCUCUGCAUAAUCGAUCCAAGUCUAACCUUCGUACCAGGAAAGGUGAUACUGGCCUCGCUAAAUUUUUUUCGCCAAAGAAUCUUCUUUUUCCUCGUUGGAUCGAUAGUGUCUGUAGAGAUAUAUGGGUGCUAAACUUUUUUGCGCCUCAGAAAUCUAAUUACAUACUUUUGCUGCAGGUGAUGAAAAAUAACCUCGAAGAGCCAUUGAGUGAUCAUAAUUUCACAAUCUUCUGGAAACUGUUCUUCUGAAACAAUAUAUAUCUUCUGUUUUAAGACGUCGCAAAGAUGCAUAUUCAGAAACACUAAUACACCUACUACCUACUUUUAAGACUUAACACAUGCGCUAUCGUUUUGAGGAUACUUAGCAAUUAUCAGCUGAAUUACGCACAAAGGUCUAAAGUGUGAAUUACUUUUAUUAUUGUAACUACGUAGGGUCACUUAAAAGCACAAUGUGUUAAAAAGCGCUGAUAGAUUUCAAUAGGGAUAAAGCCGACUUAAUUUCUUAUAGAAUGGAGUCACAAAGGGCAAUUGAAUUCUCGCACUAUUUCCAUAAAUAUUCCUGGCAGAAUUUAGCUAAAUUAACAAAACUGGAUCUCCUCGCAGCGCAUAUAAUCAUCAUAUAAGACCCCCGUGCUUUUCACAGCUUUUCUGUGUGACUUUGAAGAGCAAGGAGCGAACAUCAAGUCAACAGGUGCAGGUUUUCGUUGCUAUGCAGGCUGAACGAUACAUUUUAAAGCUUCUCUUUCUUUUAUUUCCGAUCAUUCUUGUUCCUAUCACGGCCCACAACUAUGUAGACGGUAGAAGCGGUUUAAUACGAGGAGUCCGUGUACCGGGAACUCGAGUAUCAUAUGGCAAUUUUGCAGUUGACAAGUACCAUCGUCUUCAAGUAUCAGUUGGUUUAUCGAGCGUUGUGAGCAACUACAGAGAGUGUGCUCUGAGCUGUGUUAAUAAUCCACCAUGUUCCUCGUUCAACGUCGCCUCAUCUCCACGUUUAGACGGACAAUUUCCAUGCGAGUUGUUAAACGAAGAUAAAUACUCUGCCAGUCCAGGCCAGCUGGUCAGUUCACAAGAAUAUCAUCAUUACAGUAUCAGGGUAUGCAUAGAGUUGAUUGUAAAACAUUUUACAACCCCUUUCAUGCAAUGAAGGCUCUUUGUUUAUACUUCUACGAAACCUCCCUCUUAAUUUUUUUAAGUCAUAAUUCUCAAAACCAGUAUUUUUUGCGAGAUGCGAGUUCCAUUUCAACAAAUUAUUUUGGGUUUGAUCAAAAAAGACUCUCGAAAAUUUCAGACACCAUGUUCUAGCUGGCCAUGUCAAAACGGUGGAAAAUGCAUCCCAAACUACGAAAAAGGAGAGUUUACAUGCUCUUGUAAACCUGGUUUUGGUGGAGAAACUUGUCAAACAGGUUAGUGCAGAAACAAUAUCCUAAUAAAUAAGCAUUAAGUUGCUUUUUGUUGUAAAUGUCGGUAGUGGUAGCUCUUUUGCUCGGAGAGACCAGCAAACUGAGACUUUUCAAUUUCAGAGUAGAAAAACGUUUUUCUAAUUCCAUGCAAAGUUAUGUUGGGACUUUUCGCUGGGUAUAUACUAUUUCGUUCAAGGGCGCAAAACUUAAGAUCUUUAGUCGGAGAUGCUGUCUCUCCUCACUACUUUAUGUCAUUUAUUUAAUUCAUUAGUAGAGUGCUCUGCUCAUCAUCAGGGGGUAGGGGAAAGGGUCCAGAGAGGGGGAAGGAGAGGAAGUUGUCAGUGAGCUUGUAAGAGUAAGCAUAGUUCAGAGUUGACACUGAAAGCCAUUUCAUUCUUCUCACUCAAUGAUUCUCCAAACCAACUCCUUUCAGAUAUCGACGAAUGUUCAUCAAACCCCUGUGAAAAUGAAGGUACUUGUGUCGACCAGGUCAAUGACUUCAAUUGCGUUUGCCAACCAGGAUAUGAGGGAAAAACUUGUCAUAAAGGUUGUAUAUAUUUUUGUUAUUAUGGCAUAGUACUCUACAGAGUGAACAUUUAAGAGCAAAAAAGAUGUCUGGUUUGAACUCCCACUUUCUCUCUGCUCCAAAAUGGCACCAAACAGAACCAAGAGGAAAAAAAAAUUUUAAAGUUCAAGAGGGAAAAGUUCAUCAUUCAAAGUUAUCGCAAAUAUUUUCCUUUUGGUUAACAUGAAGCUGAAAGCAGAGGACCAAAAAGUUCCAUAUUUUUUGUUUGCGUAACUGCGUUGCCUAUCCUCUCUGGAGACAGUUCAUUAGGCUUCGUUUCGCUUUCGACCUUGUGUCAUUGAUAGACUGACAUGUCUCUGGCUGAUAUCAUUAUCAAUUGAAUAUCAUGCAGAAGCAAAAUCUAAUUCUCGCACUGAUACUUGUGACUGCAGACCCAAUUUUGCAGAGGAAGGAAUUCGAGAUAAGGGGUAGAACUAGGAAUUUAAUACGCAUUGUUAGCCAUUGUUACUGGGAAGGGAUGUCGAGAUGUAGAAUUAACACGCUCUGCGAGCCUAUUUUGCGGACAAAGGACCUCGAGAUUACGAUUGAAACUAAGGAUUUAUUUUGCCUUGCAUGCCUAUCUUGGCCCCUCGCAGAGAGAAACGAAUGUGCCAGCGAUCCUUGUCAGAAUGGGGGCAUUUGUAUAGACCAAGUCAAUAGAUACACGUGUCAGUGCAGAGCUGGAACAACUGGAGAUCACUGUGAGAUAGGUAAGGAAUGACUAACUAUGCCACAGGCUAUUAGGCACCUGCUAAAACCGGCGCCAUCCAAACGAAAGGAAAAAAUUUAUCGGAGGGACGAAGGCAAUCUAAUGUUAGGCCAAAAAUAAUGAAAUCUCAAAUUAACGUUUUUAGCGUUUUUGAUCGAGCGUUUAUUCAAAGACGACGUGUUUUUGACGGCGGUGUUUGUUUCUUAAUCACACGUAUUAAAUCACGGACAAUUUCCAUAAACUAUUUUGAAGUACUAUGUAAAAAAAACAUAUAUCCCGCUUUUUUGCUGGGAUGGAGUAAUUAUAGACUGGUUAUGAAAUGAAUAACAACGUAUGGGCGGCUGCAGUUGCGGUCUGGGGAAGCUGCUUGUAUAAAGUCUCUAUAUCAAUGAUAAUAAUUAUUAUGAUAAUAAUAAUAAUAAUCUAGCAGUGGACAUUCUCCUGUCCUCUGUUUCCAGGUCGAACUAGAAUGUUUGUUUUUACCGAAGGCGACCCGGAUAUAACCUCUCGGAGCAAGGACGAGAACGAAAAACAAACUCAAUCUAUACGUGACACCUCGUCCGGGAAUCGAAUCCGGGCCACACCAGUGGGAGGCGAGCGCUCUCACCACUGUGCUGUCUCCGCUCCCCCUAUUACUUACAGCCUCAUAUUCAACACUGUUUCGCUUUCAGAUGUGGAUGAGUGUUCCAGCAACCCAUGUGCCAAUGGCGGAACUUGUGUAGAUUCCGUUAAUGGUUACUUGUGUCAGUGUGCUGAGGGAUUUGCCGACACAAAUUGUAGCAGUUCUGGUAAGCCACUUAAUUAA